GUAGCCUCACAAAGACCAGACCCCAGGCAGGCCUUGGGGUGAAGCUUUGACUAGCUUCCUGGGACCAGUUUAGGAGCAACAUCGGACCUUCACCUUAACCCUUAGAAGCGCACGUGGAAGGUGGACAUGGCCAACAGGGGCCACACUCAAUCCAGGGCCCUGGCCUGGGCCCUGGGACUGACCCUGGUAUGGAUCCUGCUGGGUGCCUGUGGAGGGAGCCGCCCACUCCCAGCUUUGUCCCGAAGACACCAUAGGCUGGCGGCAGAUCUUGGCACAGGCCAGCUGCACCUUGCAGAGAUGGACACACCAGAGGCAUCGGGCCCUGAGAUGGUCUCAGAACACUGUGGGGAGCCGAGCCCCGGGUGCGAAUCCUUUCUGGGACACCUCCAAGUCGCCCUCCACAAUCGCUUCCGCCUGUUGUUACUGGGGAUACGCCAGGCGCAGCCGCUCUGUUCCGAGCUCUGCGACAUCUGGUUCGCCACGUGUGAAAGUGAUAUUACCUGCGGUCCGACUUGGCUCCCACUCCUAGAAAAGAGGGGCUGUGAGCCUCGCUGCACUACCUACGAGCAGACCUUCGCUGACGGGGCGGACCUUUGCCGCUCGGUUCUGGGCUACGCCCUGCCAGUGGCCGCUCCUGGCGCCGAUCACUGCCUCAACAUUUCCAUCUCGGUACUGCCGGGGUCCAGACAGGAACGGAAGGCCCAGGAAGUCACCUUUCCGCGUUCCCGCCGUUCACGCACCUGGAUCCUGGAUGCUCCCGGCAGCGGGAGCGGCAGUGGAAGCGGCAGCGGCCCCUAG